AGUCAUCACUAAAUAGUGUCGACUAUGCCCACCCUUUUGUAUGUAUGUAUGUAUAUAUUUAUAUUCAUUCUUUCUCCGAUUUGACCCUCUCGAUCAUCAUCCCCAAAUUAAUCCUCUCUCUUCUGCAACCAAUCGUUCAGAAUCUAAGAAUAAUCAUGAAUUACGGUAGGCUUGAAGCAAAAUCACAAUCCGAUGCUGAAUUGACGCAGGAUCAUUACGCCACUAGUUCAUCAGAACCACUUGAACCAACCCCCAAAAGAAGGUCCAGGCUAAAGCUCCUUCUUCUCAUAGUCGGAUUCACACUCAUUAUCGCGUCGGCGGUAUCUGUGACACUAGUGGUGGUCCUCCGAAGUAAAGACUCCGGUGGUGGAUCCGGCUCAAUGACCCACCGGCAGCCGACGAAAGCCAUAUCACGAGUCUGUAGCCGUACACUUUACCAGAACCUGUGCGUCAAUUCGCUUGUCGAUUUCCCGGGUUCACUCAUCGCAUCGGAUAAGGAACUGGUUCACAUUUCAGUCAACAUGACGCUUCAUCAUGUCGGGAAGGCGUUGUAUACGUCUACCGAUCUCAGCAACCUGGAAAUGGACGGACGUGCACGGUCGGCAUACAACGAUUGCCUCGAGCUUCUGGAGGAUUCCGUUGACCAGCUCACACGCUCGCUAACUUCCGUCGCCCCUUCCGGUGACGGUGACCCGCAGCGCCUAGGAUCACCUGAAGACGUGAUGACGUGGCUCAGCGCGUCGCUCACGAAUCAAGACACGUGUACGGACGGUUUGUCGGAGACGGAGGAAGGAGAAGUGAGGAAUCAGAUGCGAGAGAAGCUUAAGGACUUAUCGGAGCUCGUGAGCAAUAGCUUGGCGAUAUACUCAUCAUCUGAUGACGACGAGGACGAGGAUGCAGAUGGAAUUCCGAUACAGAACCGGCGGAGGAGGAGGUUAAUGUCAUCAGCAGAAGAAACCAGUAAAUUAUCACCGCUACCGGAAUUUCCAGUGUGGGUGAGGAAGAAAGAGAGAAGAUUGAUACAGACGCCGGCGUCCCUAAUUCAAGCCGACAUAGUUGUGUCCCAAGACGGCAAUGGCACGUGCAAGACGAUCAAGGAGGCGAUCAAAAAAGCACCUGAGAAUAGUAAUCGCCGAUUCAUCAUCUACGUGAAGGCUGGAAGGUACGAAGAGAAAGAAUUAAAGGUAGGAAGGAAGAAAACGAAUUUGAUGUUCAUAGGCGAUGGUAUGGGCAAAACGGUCAUUACAGGAGGAGUGAGCGUUGCUGAUAACGUGACCACAUUCCACACUGCUUCUUUUGCUGCCACCGGAGCAGGGUUCAUGGCACGUGACAUUACGUUCGAGAACUACGCCGGUGCCGCAAAACACCAAGCUGUAGCACUCCGAGUGGGUGCAGAUAAGUCGGUGAUUUACCGAUGCAACAUAAUUGGAUACCAAGACUCGUUAUACGUACACUCACAACGACAAUUCUAUCGUGAAUGUGACAUUUAUGGAACGGUGGAUUUCAUUUUCGGCAACGCCGCCGUCGUCAUCCAAAACUGCAAUAUCAUUGCCCGGAAGCCGAUGGAUCAACAGAAGGUGACAAUCACGGCCCAAAACCGGAAAGACCCAAAUCAAAACACCGGGAUCUCGAUCCACUCAUGUAAGCUUUUAGCCCAACCGGAUCUUUUGGCGUCAAAGGGAAGUAUCCAAACGUUCCUUGGUCGGCCAUGGAAGAUGUAUGCCCGGACAGUGUACUUGUUAAGCUACAUGGGUGAUCAUAUUGACCCGAAAGGUUGGCUGGAAUGGGACGGGUCGUUUGCACUGGAUACAUUAUACUACGGGGAAUAUAUGAAUUACGGGCCGGGUGGGGCUAUCGGGCAACGGGUCAAAUGGCCGGGUUAUCGGGUGAUUACAUCGGCUAUUGAGGCAAACCGGUUCACUGUCGGGAAGUUUAUAUAUGGAUCGUCAUGGCUACCGGCCACCGGAGUUGCUUUCUUGGCAGGUUUAUCGGAGUAAUUAAUUGAUGUGUAUUAGUUCGAUUUAUAUUUAUAUUAUACUAUGAUUUAAUUAUACAGGGCAUAAUUAUAGUGAUGACUUAUGAGAUCUGCUAAUUCUUUUGAAAAUUAGAAUAACCCAGAAGUCUCACAUACGGUAUAAAAUGUAAAAGGGUAAAUUUGGUUGGUUGCGUGUGGGGUGUGUGAUAAUGAAAUUUGUACCAUUUAUGAA